AUGGGAGUCAGAGGAUUAAAGUCUUACAUAGAGGGAAAUAGUCUGUUUUUAAAAGACUGCUAUUUUAAAGGUAGCAAGAUAAUUAUAGAUGGUUGUAAUCUGUUUAAUAGUCUUUACCACAAAUCAAAAUUGGAUCUGAAGCAUGGUGGAGAUUAUUACGCUUUUGAGAUUUUGAUCAAGGACUUUUUUAAGGCUUUGAAGAACUGCAACAUAAAGCCCUAUGUUAUCCUUGAUGGAGGAUGUGACCACACUGGCAAAAAACUGGAAACCCUCAAGAAACAUGCCCGAAACCGUAUUCAAAUUGGCAAAGAUUUAUCUUUAGGGGGGCAGAUACCUGCCAGUAGAGCUAUUAAGCCAGUACUCUUGAAAAUUGUUUUCAAACAGAUCCUCAUUCAUCUGAAGAUACCAUUUGUUCACUGCAUGGAAGAGGCUGACUGGGAAAUCGCUGCUUUGGCAAAUCAGUGGAAUUGUCCAGUUCUGUCUGAUGACAGUGACUUCUUUAUCUUUGACCUGAAAGCAGGAGUUUUACCCAUUAAACAUUUCAAGUGGAAAAAAGGUCUCCAGAAAUCCAUCCCAACCAAAAUAUUUUUUGUCUCAGAUUUCUGUGAGUGUUUCAACAACAUGAACAAGCAGCUUCUCGUUACUUCUCUCCCUCUCUUUGCUGCCUUAGCAGGGAAUGACUAUGUAAACAAAGUCACUGUGAGAGGAUCUUUCAGCUGGGAGCAAUUCUCCAGCUGCAGUGGAUACCAUGCUCGUCUCGAUGGUAUCCUCCAUUGGUUGUCUGGCUUCCCAAAUACAAAGAAAGCUAUUGGUGCUGUGCUUGGUUUGCUCGGAGAUCAGAAGGACAGAGAUCCAGUCCAGAAGGUUCUCACAGCGUGCCAGAAUGAAUAUAAACUGACAAACGGCAACCUUGCCCAGUUCUUCUUGAAUGGGGUCGCCCCCAGCAGGCUGCCAGUGGAACUGCAGGUUCUCCCUGGUUGGAUCCGCAUGCCAUUGUAUGAGGGGAAAAUGAGCCUAAUUGUCAUUGAAGCCCUGGUUUUGCAAAGAGCUCACUUAAGCUCUCAAGUUGAGAAUUUUGACCUCCCCAGCAGCAAUGCGAUCUCAAGGCCUAUUCGCCAGGUGCUUUAUGGCCUGCUGUUGUCUGGACAGAAGCAGAGGGAUGAUAGGAAGCCCAGCGUGGCCCGUGUGGACCCAGGAGAGUGCUAUGUGGAAGAACAUGACAGGGAGGGCUUGAGUCUGAGCACUUUCUGGGUAAAGGCUGCCUGUCCUGCUAGUCGGAAGAAUCUACAUCUGGAAACACUGAACAAAGUAUAGUAUACAAUCAUAAUUCACUUUGCAUUUGAGUGUUUCAUUGGGUUGAUGAAUCCCAGGUAAAAAAAAGCUCUGAUUUCUGUCUUGGUGUUCCAGGAACCACUAAAUCUACGACUGCAAGUUCUCUGUGACACACUCGGUGUGCCCAAUACCAUUUCAACAUCCAUUGCAGCCAAAUUCCAGCUACCUGUCUACGUCACAUGCUAUUGGCUGAGUAAAGCCGACCCACAGCCACAUAUAGAGCACCUGUGGUCUCUGCUGCUGGGAUUUGUGUUUGGGGAGCUGAGUGGCCGAUACAAGGGCCAGGAAGGUGAUGCUUAAUCCUUAAUACAUUACUUACCUGCUAGUGUG